CCAUGGCUCUGUCCACACUGUACCUCACUGUCCUGCUACUAUUUCUGGGAGGUGGAGCGCGAGUCAACAACUUCCUACCCAUCCGUCUGUGUUCAGCUGGAGUCCCUGGCAGCCCAGGACACGACGGGUGGCCUGGCAAGGAUGGUGGGGAUGGACGAGACGGAGGCACAGGACCGAAAAUGGACAGCGAACCAGAGUCGGAGGGCAGCCCUGUGGUGGUGGUGAACCGUUGCCUGUCCGCCACCAGGGCCUGCAACAUGGACGACGAGUGCAAGCGCCUGCGCAGCACCUACUUGACGGCCUGCCACACCUCGGCACAAUGGGGCCUAGGCCCCUGCGACAAGGCCAAGUGCCACAGGAUGCUGGAGCGCUUCUUCGACCGCGUGCCGGCAGAGUACACGCACCGCCUACUCUUCUGCCCCUGCGGCGACACAGAAGCGGCCUGCUUGGAGCGCCGGCACCAGACCAUCGUGCCCAGCUGCUCCUACAAGGGCGGUGGCGACAAGCCCAGUUGCCUGCUGCAGAUGAGGGCAUGCAGCAGCAACGAUGUCUGCAGCUCGCGCUUGGCCCAGUUCCAGCAUGACUGCCAGCCGAAUGAGCCGUCCACCAGCGGCUGCAAGCAGGGCAGCCACACCGCCUGUCUCACCGCAUACGCUGGACUCAUAGGGACCCCCGUGACCCCCCACUACGUGGACAACUCCCCGCACGCCAGCGUGUCGCCAUUUUGUAAUUGCGCCUCCAGCGGCAACCAGAUGGAGGAGUGCACCAACUUCCUGGACUUCUUCACCAACAACAUCUGCCUGAAAAAUGCUCUGCUCACCUUUGAGAGUGGGGAGGGCCUCACUCGAGUCCCAACCCCAACCCAGGAGCUUCCCGGAGGACAGCCUGGCCACGUCACAAGCCAACCACCGGACCACCACCACACCACCACCACUGCCAUUAGCAUUCUUUUAGAAUUCUUAGGCCUAUUCAAAGCUCUACUCUAACAGUGUUAUUUUUUAACUACAGUUGUGUUCUCACUAACAUGUUGGCAUUUUAACGCCAUAAAAUCUUUGAAUUUGUAUUGAAAGUACUACUCCAGCAAUGUUAAUUUGUCACUAUAAAACAGUGUUACAUCCACACUAACCUGGUGGCGAUUAACAGCUUAUUUAAGUUUUUAAAUCUUUUUACACAAAAAUGAUUGUGCCACGGCCUUGUCACGUCAUGUCACGUCUGUCUUUAAUAGGCCUAUCAUUACAUGAACCAUCACCAGAAUCCUUCAGAUGUUUGUAAUGCCGCUCCUUUAAGUCUUUGUAUCACGAUAAAACCUGUAGGUCGCUUAAAAAAAACCC